AUGGGACCAAACUACUUCUGCUGGCAACCAAUAUGUUACAUGGCUUAUGGCAUUAAUGCAUUCGCGUGGCACGUGAAGCCGCACACUUACUCGGAUGUGCAGCACGUGAUUGACAAAAUCAUGAAACACAAGGAAACUAUAGAACGAUACAGGUUUGUCGCCUUUCAGAUGGUUCACAACAUCUUCCUGCUCAGUUUUUUUCUUGCUACAAUAAGGUUUUUUGACCUAUGACCUUAUCAUACACCAAACAUCAGAAUUACAAUAUGAUAAAAGCCCAAAAGCAGAUUUUGUCAGGCCUAAGGAUGUCUUUAGGGAUCUUACGAAACUACGACGGCAACAGGAACGCCCAGAACGCAAUAGGUUUAGGAAGCGAAACAACAACAUUGCACUUGUACCACGCUUUUUUGUUAAUUUCUUUAUCGUCCCUGCAUAACUACGUCGUGAAAUAACCAAAUUUUAGGGUUACUUGAAAACGGGAGUGGCACCCGGGAGUGGCAAGGCCAUAGAAUUUUACUUUCUCUGUUCGAAUUUGGAUGCGAUUCCCUCCCUUUAGCUCGAACCUAUUUUCCCCAUUUUUUAGGAUCAGCAAUGUCGAGAGCGUAUUAUAUGAAAAAGAGAAGGAUGGUAAAUUUUAAAAGAUGUGAUCAUUCAAUGAGAUAUAUUUGCCGAGCUUAAAAUUCAACAUCUCUCUUUGUUUCAUGUUUUUUUGAGUUUGUUAUUUGACUGUUAAGCUUUUGUUAUGGAUAACAGGUGUAAAAUUUGUUUGUUUUUUUCCCCUCAGAGAUAACAUUGCCCUUGGUGUCCAAGCUGGUAUGGUUCGUUCAUCUAUUGACUGUAAAGCAGGCCUGGACGCUUUUAAGGAAAAGUACCCAAAAGUUGCCCAUGGAGAUACCCCCGAGAGUGUUCUGGAGGAGUGGUACACUAAACUUUAUUUACAACCACAAUACCUAGCAAGGCUUGAACGAGGAGUGAAUAAGCGCUGGCAGAAAGAACAUGGAGGCCAGAAUGUAACAAAAUCCAUAAAGCAAGCUUUGGUAAAAGGCUUGGGAAAGCCUUUACUGAACUUGAUUCGAUGGCUGGAAAAGGAGCAUAGUCGUCACUGCCUGCCUGAUGACGUGGCCAGUGGUCUGGCUAAUUUACCCGUUGACUUCGUGUAUACUGAUGGUAUUCCUGAUAAAAAGAACAGGACAACCAAGGUUCUACCUGGAACUAGAAAGAGGCUAAAUGGAAUGGAAACUUACCGUCAGAUUUUAUCCUUCUUCACAACCAUUAAUAUAACAGCUGAAGAGUUAUACAAAGAGGGAAAAGCACAGCUCGAUAACUUUAUGCCUCUGGUAGGUUUGAUAUUCACAGCUUCCGAAUUCCGAUAAUUAUGCUAGUUGUGUAAAUUAUUCUCAUUUUAGCAAAGAAUUCCAAAGUUAGGCUUUUAGUUUUUACUUUAAACUUGGUAAAAACACCUAAAAAGCUAUGCAUUAAACAAGUAAAUGACAAACUAGGGUUUUUCCAGCCUCGUACCCAGGCCUGUUCGCGCUAUCCGAGUGACCAGAGGAGGCUUGAAACCGAGCGCGCUAGGCGAAUUUUCCCGACAAGCUUGACAGGUGACGUCAGCCGUGACGUCACAUCCGAAAUCGCCGAGGACAACUGGGAACGAGGCUGGGGUUUUUCUGUGCGCCAGCAUGAAACCCAGACCGGGUAGGGCCUCUGUUCACACAGAAAAACGAUGAUUUCGGCGUGAUAAUCUAUCCUAUACAGUGUGAACACAACCUAAGCGAUUUCUGAUCGUUUUAUUCAAUUUUUUCCCUUUUUUGGUAGGUGUAUAAAAUCGCAAAGCUCGUUACAGGCAUAAACAAGAGAGCUAAAGCGGUAGGAGCUUUUAAAAUUCGUCUGAAUUCCUCCGACCAAUGGCAUAAUACAGCUCCAUUUCCCGCCAACGAGAGUGACGAGAACGCGCACAAGAAAUGCAAGAGUCCAUCCUCUGCCAAAGUCUACUGUCCGCGUCGUUGGGCCGCCAUUCAAAGCUGGAGCAAGUACAUACAGACGGUCAUGAGUAUGAUCUAUCCCAAGAUUCAACCGCUGUUUUACUUCACUGGUCCCAAGACCACUGCUGCUAACUGUCCUAUUCAAAUGAAGCCGCAUUACAAUCCUUCAAAUGGUGCCAUGUUCUUCUCGCCAAGCAACGCUAAUUGCACAAACCCGACUUACUUCGGGCUUCCGUUUUUUCUGAAGGAAUAUGGCCCAAAGUUUCAGGAGUGGUCGGUGAUCGGGCACGAGUCGCGACCAGGGCACCACACCCAGAUGCAAGGUGACUAAUGAGCGUCUUAUUCUCAGUUACAGCACUGUUCACUUGUCAGCAUUAAGCUUUACAACGGUUACAAUUUCCGCCAAAAAAGCCAACGAAAUAACAAAUAAGAUAAUAACGUGGUUAAUUCGUCAGUAGCAUUUAGUACACUGAGUUGAGUUAUAUGAAGAGGCACUGCAAUCACACAAAAAUUUCGAUCACAUUAAGUAUAGUUCGCGCGUGAACAAGUAAAACAUUUGGGGUAAAUGUUCUUCGUUUUUUAAGCUAAGUACGCGAAACUAUUUACACCUCCACUGAUUAAACGUUUAUCGAAACGACCGGUAGCAAGUACAUACUUAUCGUGGCCUCUGGGGAGCUAAAGUCUCUGUUAAGCGCCCUGGGUGAUAUCAUGACUUCUUUGUUUACCAGGUCUGGUGGAAAAUUUUCGUGACAAGUGUGAUGGCGUCCCUAGGUGGCUUGACAAGGAGACGUCGUAUGUAGCUUUCCAAGAGGGCUGGGCCCUUUAUGCCGAGAACCCGCUACUUUCCGAUGAUACUAAUCUGUACAAAGACGAUCUUCUUCAGAAGUAUGGUAUGGUAAAAUGGCAGGUAUGCUCAGUACUAACAGGAAGAAAAACUGCUUUCUCUAAGUAAACACCUUCUUUGCGUAGAGAGCGAGCCAAGAUACAAACAAGAGUCGGAGAAGGCUAGAGUCACUGAACUUGGUUAACGACGUGUGAAAGAAUAGAUAGUCCCAAUCCAUAUUUCUUUAUAAGCUUUUGCUUAUCAAUAUGUCUUAGGCUUACAUUGUAAAGCACAAAUCUUAAAACUUUAUUCAUAACGAAUUUCCAUUCGCACCGUCUACAGUUCAAGUGCAAUGUAUGGAGUUUGCAAUCAGUAUUCUCACUGACCUUCUUAAUUGAAGAAGGGGGUAAGCCGUUCGAGAACGACAUAUCGGAUGCUUUCUGCUAAGUAUGUGCAUUUUUUCCUCACUGACUUGUUUUCUUAGGUAUGGCGUGCCGUAAGGCUGGUUGUUGAUACUGGGCUGCAUUACAGAGGAAUGACAAGGUAAUAGCUGUGUUUCUUGCACUUCAUUGAUCGUGCUUAUAAACUUCCCCGUGUGAUAUUUUAUAGAGUUUUUAGAAACACCCUUCAACUUAAGGAGCCUGUUGCACUAUUCUACGCACGUGAGGUUGUUUGUUUCUGAUUCGGUCGAACAAUUAAGUUGGCUGCCUCUGGCUGUGGUGGAUUUAUACUUUCAGUACCGUAAACUCCCCUGUUCCGAUUAUAAGCUCCUCCCCCCUCCCCCCACCCAUUCAAUGCUCCAUCUACCUGAAAGCCCAAAACAAUACAUCCGGUUAUAACCCCCCUCCUGCCCCGAAAAGCAAAAGUUUGUCUCGGUUCAGUUCGCUUUAAACUAAUUUUCUAACUGAUGGCCAGCUUUUGUGAGCCAGACAUUAUACUACUGUUCCCACUGGGCAAACCAAAAACAAGAAAGUUAAUUUCGUCACUAGAGCACUAGAGCCUCGCGGGCUUUUCUUUAAAGGUAAAGGCGCACACGAACCAUAGGCCCACACGACCGGAGCUUAUACGGGUUUCCGUAGCAUGAAGCAUGCCAAGGAGUAUCCCUUAAAUAGAUAAAAGAACAUGUAUUUGUAACUAUUUUUGUAAUUAUUUUUGUCUCAAGCAAAACGAAAUAAGAUAAAAAUUAUUACUACUCCCCCCUAGACGGGAUGCUAGUCCAUCGCAGGGUUACCCCCCAGCAGUAUGUCGCCGAUCCCCAUAUAUGCACAUGGGUGAAGAGAGACGAAGUGAAGUAAAGUUUCUUGUCUAAGGAAACAAUGCGACGGGCGAGGCUUGAACCCUGACCUCUAGAUCCAGGUGUUAACCGCUCGGCCACACACGCCUCAACCCCCCCUCCUCCGCCCCCUUCCCCACGCCCCGAAAAGCAAAGUUCCCAUUCGUCCCGCUUCAGUUCGCUUUAAACUAAUAUUUUUACUGAUGGCCAUCUUUUGUGAGCCAGAAAUUGUACUACUGUUUACAUCGGGAAUAACAAAAAAAAAUUGUUAAUUUCGUCACAAGGGCCUCGCGGGCUUGCCAUUAGUUAUGCGCAGUAGAGUUAUGAUCAUUUAUUCAUAAUAAGUCUUCUUACAUGAAUCAGUACCUGCACAAAGCCAGCGAUCAGAGUUUCCUAAGUGAACAAAGGCAUUUUUUCUGCUACACGUAAAUUAGGGAAAGCGGUUUAUUGGGCAAAGAGACAUUAACCUUCUGCUAAAUUUUACAUUUUCUUUUUUUGCUAGGUCUCAAGCACUCAAAUACUUUGAAGACUAUACUUGGGAUAAAACAGAUUUCGCAAUCAAAGAGGUUACCAGGUACCAGAGUAACCCUGGUCAGGCAACCGCGUACAUGCUAGGGAGACUAGCACUAGUGAACAUGCGUAAGAAGGUCAAGAAGGCACUGGGUAAAGAUUUUGACUUGCGGGAGUUCCAUUAUCAGCUUCUGCGUCAGGGCUCGGCUCCUUUGAGCUAUCUUGAAAGUUACAUAGACAAAUAUAUUGACUGCUACAAGGGGAAAAUAGAACAAGAACUUUGCGAUGGUAUAUCAAGGAAUUCAGAGGAAGAAAAAAAUGAGGAAGUGACUAUGGACUUUGUAAAUCAGGAUGAAAAUCUUCCACCUCGUCCCACUCAGAGAAUUUAUGUUUAAUUGCGAUUUCACGUAGCUGUGGUAGUUGACCCUGUACAGAAAGUCCGACGUACGGUUUUGAUGUUCAUAGGACUCCAGUUUUUCUGAACGCUCAAUACAAGAGCGCUAACAAGUGUCUGGACUACCGGUAUAUAGUGGUGAAAAGUCCAAGCGCUUCUAAGAGACACUUUUGUAAGCGGACGGUUCGACUUAGGUCACAGUCAGCAGCCUUCACAAAUACCCGUGUGAACUCCCAAGCGAAUUCUGCAUUUAUACACAG